UUUUGGAGCUGAAGCCGGGCGAAACUACAUUUCCCGGCAUGCUCGGGUAAGUCGCUGCCGCUGCCGCCAUCUUGUUUCGGCCCACGCGAUUUCUUCCGUGGGAACGGCAUCCGGGAAGCGCCACCGGUGUUUCCGUGAGCAGGGACGGGAUGGCUCUUUUUCCGGCUUUCGCGGGCGCUGCUAAACCCGGAGAGGCGCCAGCGGGCGAGACCGAGUGCUCCAAGAGAGAAUUGAACUGGCUAACCAACCCGAGCUUCUGCAGUGAAGAUGCUCUGAGACUACACCAGCAUGCUUUAAAGGCCACAGACCUUGCCUCGGACGAAUCCCUGCUCCAAAGAACAACCUCCAGCUUAGAGACAUUGCGAGAAAGUGAAGUCAGCGAAAGUGUCCAAAAGCCAGCUAAGAAAAGAAAGAAAAAGAAAAAACAGCGAGACCACAAGAAAGUAAAAAAGAGAAGUAGAAAGCAUCAGGGAACAAGUGAAUCGGAAUCAGAUGCUGAUGAUGUGAAAGACAAUAGAAAUAAUGAAAAAGAAGCAGAACUGAAUUUAGGAGAAAAAGCUUCAAAUGUGAGCAUUCACUCCAUCUGGCUGGAUGAUGUUCAGGGUGUGACAGCAGAAGUAUUCAGAACAGAUAAGAAACCAGAUCCUGCCAACUGGCAGUAUAAGUCUCUGUAUCGAGGGAACAUUGCAAGAUACAGGAGAAGAAGCAACUUCUGUCUUGGCGUUGAUCCAAGGAGGCAACAUAUUGCCUGGGAGAGUUCCUCAGCGGAGAAAAAGCCCUCCCAUAAGCGGCCUGAGCGUUACUUUGCCAAAGGUGGCCGGAAGCUGUUGAAUGCGGAUGGCAUCCCCGUCAGCACAAAAAGUCAAGGCUCUUUGUCUGGCCCAACUGCUUGGAUACCCAUUUCGGAGCAGGACUCAGCUGAUGUUCUGGCCACAGGCUGGGCAAAUCCUCUUGGGAUUUAUGAUCCAGGGACCACGUUGUGGCUGCAAGGGAAGGGGCCCCCUGAGCACGAUUCACGAAAGCCGCAGGAAGCGCAAGAGAGCUCUGAGAAUGGGGAUUCCCGCCUCCUGGCCAGAGUGGAGGACUAUAACAGGAAGGUCAGAGAGGACCCUGGAGAUAUCAAAGCAUGGAUGGAUUUUGUUUCUUUUCAGGAUGAAGUCAUGAGAGGCCCCAGCUGCUAUGCCAUCAGCGAGGGAGAACGGGAAACGAGGAAGGUGUCCCUCAAGCUCAUCUUGGAGAAGAAGCUGGCCAUUCUGGAAAGAGCUAUUGAGAGCAACCCAAACAACGCUGACCUGAAACUGGCCCGGCUGAAGCUUUGCACAGAGUUUUGGGAGCCGUCGGCUGUGAUCAAGGAAUGGCAGAAAUUGGUGUUCUUGCAUCCAAACAACCCGGCCCUGUGGCAGAAAUAUCUCCUGUUCUGCCAGAGUCAGUUCAGCACCUUUGCAGUUUCCAAAGUUCACAGUCUCUACGGGAAAUGCCUGAGUACUUUGUCAGCGGUGCACGAUGGCAGUAUGGUGUCUCAUCCAGCCCUGCCGCACACAGAGGAAGCCAUGCUGGCCAUCUUCCUUCAGCAGUGCCAUUUCCUCCGGCAGGCCGGCCAUUCGGAGAAAGCAAUAUCGUUGUUCCAGGCCCUGAUUGACUUCACCUUCCUGAAACCAGAUAGCGUAAGGGAACUGCCAACAAGGCGGCAGGUGGAGUUCUUUGAGCCGUUUUGGGACAGUGGCGAGCCUCGGAUUGGAGAAAAAGGAGCGAAAGGCUGGAAGGCCUGGAUGCACCAACAAGAAAAGGGUGGCUGGGUUGCCAUCAUUCCACCUGAUGAAGAUGAGGAAGAGGCGGAGGAGGAGGAAGAAAUAAAGGAUAGAACUUUACCCAAGUGGCAAAACUGGCUGCAUGUUGAACGUUCUCGUGAAGGAAGGCACUGGCUGCCUUGGCGGCCGGACAAAACCAAGAAGGAGACAGUAGAUGAUUGUGAAGAUCCAGAGAGACAGGUCCUGUUUGAUGACCUUGGUCCAUCGCUAAUACAAAUUUCCAGCCCAGAUCUUCAGUUUCAGCUGCUCUGCUCGUUUCUGCAAUUCUUAGGUGUCCCAUGUAGCUGUGGCCUCCUUCCUUCCUUCCUCUACACAGCAAUGGAUGAGAACAACAUCUUUGAGGAUCAGCAGCAUGGCCAACGACCUCUGACUUCUUUUGACCUGUCACUUCCUGGAGUCAGUAGAAUUGGCCAGAUGGGCUCGAUGCUCCAAGGAGUUAGACGUAUUGGCCACCCCAAAGAAGGGGAGGAGUUCAUACAGAAUUUCUUCCAUAUGAUUCUGCCUCUGCUUUCAGGAAAAGAAAAAUCCAAUCUAUCCAACUUUUGGCUUCAGUAUGAAGUCUCUAAGGUUAUUCAGUGUUUGGAAACAGGCAACAAAAAGAAACUGAAAUGGCAAGGGAAGAGAAGUAAGAAAUUAGCCAAGAACCUUCUUAAGACCCAUGAGAACAGAAACGAUGUCUCCCUUUGGCGACUCUACGCCUACCUGGAGUGGUUGCUUGGCAACGUGGAAGAUGCUAGGAAAGUUUUUGAUAUGUCUCUGAGCACGGCGGGAACAGCUGGGAUCCAGAACCCCCAGCUCUGUAACCUGGGCCUGCUUUAUGCCGAACUGGAAGCAGAGUCGCUGGGGAGCCUGGAGGGAACGCUCGAGUCUCGCGCUGUUCACAUAUUGACCAGGCUGGCCGAGCAAGGACCUUACGCGCCUUACAGUGGACAGACAUUAUCCGUGAACAUUUUGAGAGCUCGGAAAACAUACGAGCAUCUUCUCCAGGAUUACUUGAGCAAGAGAGGCGCCUCUGAACAAGAACAGAUCCACGACUACUCCGACCACCUCGUUGGCUUGGUUGGUUGUUACACCCUUUUCCAGUAUUUGACUCUUGGGAUUGAUUCUGCAGUGUCAGUAUACAGGCAGGUUUUUGAGAAGCUGGAAGGCGAAAGCCCUGGCGGUCAGAACUGUGCCGCCACCCUUGAAGCUGUCGCCCUGAUGCAUGUGCAUUUGCUCAGAUACCACAUGAGAACGAGCGUCUAUCCUUUGGCUCCCCUCCGCGAAGCACUGCUGGGGGCUUUGAAGAGGUAUCCUAGCAACCAGCCUCUCUGGAGGGCAUAUAUCCAGAUCCAAAGCAAGUCGCACAACGCUAGCAAAGCGCGGCGGUUUUUUGACAGCGUUGCAAGGGCCGCGAAGUCACUGGAGCCGUGGCUGUUUGCAAUCAAAGCUGAGCAGAUGAGGAAAAAGCUUGUGGAAAGUGUGCAAAGAGUAGCCACUGGCGAUGUGUAUGCAACCAUCCCCGAAACUGGGUUAACCAAUCGAAUCAAGGCUUUAUUUGAACAUGCCAUUGAGACUGAAAACGGUGCUCAUUGUCCAUUGCUUUGGAGGCUAUAUAUAUACUUUAUGGUUUCUUUAGGAGAUAAAGGAAAAAGUAAAGGAGUGUUUUAUAGAGCGCUUCAAAACUGCCCCUGGACAAAAGUGCUGUAUAUGGAUGCUAUAAGCUAUUUUCCAGAUGAGCUGCAAGAGAUCCUUGAUCUAAUGACCGAGAAGGAGCUGAGAGUGCGGGUACCAAUUGAAGAGCUGGAGCUGCUCUUGGAAGACUAGAGAAUGAUGUGAAGACAGCAAGUGGACCUUGGCUUGAGCCUUCAGUCUCUGCCCCUGGAGAGAAAAUAAUUAUACACUUCCUUUAACAGAUGAGAAACUAUUUUUCAGCACAGCUUUCUUGUGGUUGGUUUCCCCAGUGCUGUUAAGUGCUCUUGUGCAGCAAACUGCCAAUAUGGGUGACUCGAUCUGUUGCUGUCGUCGGACAUCGUCACAUGCAUUUGUGUGAUUAUACAGUAGCCAAAGGACAAGCCAUUCUCUCUCAGCUGAUAGAUGCAUGAACACAUGAUCAGAAUAGUUUUAUAGGUUGUACAGAACAUGAAAAUGUGCCCUUGCGUGAUGACUCACGUGAUGUUUUAGGCAGCAAAGCCUUGUGUAACCAAAUUUUUAUUGGUUUGUAAAUGGCAGAGGAUGUAAAUAUGCUUGUAAAGGUACAUAAAAUAUUUUUGAAAUGGAUUUUAUUUCUAUAUCUCCCCCCCCCCCAAAAGGCGGAAACACUUAAGCUCUGCUUUUAGUGAAUCUUUCCUUGUUGCACCUGUGGAAUUUAACAUGGUCACACAGCUGCCAAUUCACAUGCCACACUCAACAGUAAUUUUGAACCCUCCCAGCAUAUGUAUUGUAUGAAAUUGUUUCCUAUUCAUUUCAGAAGUUUGGGCUACCCACUACUGAAAUCAGGUGGGAUGUUAAGAAUUGCGAAUGAGGAUGCACACAGGUUGGCAGGUAAGAUUUUGAAAAAGUAAAUGCUAAGCCAGGCUUGUGGAAUAGAGCUGCAUAUCCGAGCGUUGUUGGUUGUAAAAGAAGUGAGCUGUGUGUGCUCUCUAGGGCACUCUCCUGUGAUGCUGUGAGGGCAUCCUAAAUCCAGAGCAGUUUGUGGAUCUGCCCCUCUGAUUAGGGGAGAUUUCUCCUGGGGCAGCCCCAUCCCAGCUGACAUUACUGCUCCUCUGGCCAGGGACAGCUUUGGAUUCAGCAGAUGCUCUCCCAUCUUGAGGGAACGGGGAAGAUAGAGAUGACUUGGCUGUUGAAGCCUUGAUUGCUUCAAGAUUAGAUUAUUGCAAUGCACUCUAGGUGGGGCUGCCCUUGAAGACAACUCAGAAACUUCAGUUGGUCCAAAACACAGCAGACCCAGAUACUGGCCUGCGUUCAGUUUAGCUCGCAUAUAAAUCCCGUUUUAAAACAGCUGCACAGGUUGCCAGUUUGUUUUCGGGCCCAAUUCAAGGUGCUCACAUUGGUGUUUAAAGCCCUAAACAACUCAGGCCCCAAAUAUCUGAAAGACUACCUCCUCCCACACAGACCUUCUCAGGUGCAAAGGGGGGUCUUUCUGGUAUUUCCUGCAUCCUCAGAGGUUUGGGGAGAGACGGAGGUGGCCUCGGUAGUGGCCCCUAAACUGUGGAAUCCCUUCCUCACUGAGGUGCAUCUUGCACCAUUGUGAUACAGCUUCCAGAUAAUGCUGAAGACGCACCUCUUUACCCUGGCUUUUGACACUUGACAUGUAUUAUUUCAGGGCCCCGUAUUUUUAUGGUUGUAAAUUGUUUUUAGUACUGUGUUUUAAUGCUGCAACCCACCUUGGAACCUUAUAAAGGGCAGACAAUAAAUGAGUAAAUAACAAAAACACAGCAAGCACUCUGGGAUUGAAAGCAAGGAGUGAACAGCAGCUUACUUUGUUUGCACUGGGACUUCUAUUGCUAUUACUGGAAGUGUUUUAACAAGAGAGGGACGUGAAGCCUCUGUUUAUAGGAUUGGAAACCUAGUAACAAUUACAGGGAUGCCUCUGGAUAUCACAAUACACCCCCUUCGGGCAAAACAGCUAGUGUUUCCUAUAGGAAGCAGAGAGGGCAGUUGCUUUCAUGCUGCUAGAAUCCGAAUGGAAGCAGCAGAGAGCACAACUCAGCUAUGAAAGCUUUUAAUUAAUUAUCCUUUAUUCCAUAAGCAAUGCCUUGCGACACUUGCUGCAAGGUGCAAUUAACUAAAUAAAGCUUUGGACUGUCCUGAAAUCUAAUAUAGGCUGUCAACAACCAGGCCGCUCAAGUAUUCAGCAGGGGUGUUACGAGCUCUGGCCACAAAUCAUGCCAUUAACCAGAUCUCAGAGGAGCCAAAAUAGUAUUCUCAGAGGUAUGUUCUCUUCAGCAGAGGUAAUUCAGUGGUGGGCAGAGAAUUUUGUUUCACCGCCUUAUUCCAAAGGGAGUGUGGUGCAAAGCAGCCUCUUAAGAGUAGCUGCAAAAGUUUUACCGCAUUUACUUUUCUGAAACUCUUCUUCAGAUAACAAGGUGGGGACAAAAAAAAGUAUUUGCAUAAUUGAAUUCCUGGUCUGUGCUGGUAGCCACAUAUAUUUGAAAAUAAAUCCCACCAUAAUCAAUGGGACAUACCAUCAAACCUAAGAUCAAGUCCACAAUUAAGGUAUAUUGGGCAUCUAAAUGUUUUUGGCUUUAUGGGUUGGGGGCAUCUGCCUAUGUCAAAAACCUGAAACCUGUUAAAUUGUCCUGGCUGCAAGCCAUGGAAAUCUGGCCACUGGCCACCUGGAUAAGUGAAGACUUGGGCAUUACUUUAAAAAGCCAAUAUUCUUUGGGGAAAGACAAGGCAUUUAACCCAUUUUCCAAACUGACUUAAACUUGCAGUGAAAAAAAAAUAUACCCAACUGUGUAGACAUGCAAAAUUAGGGCUUCCACUCAGGAGAGUUGCCCCUAUUGGCUAUUAGCUUUCCUGUUAUGUGAGUUUCUAAACAAGAGCAUAUGGAGCUUUAGACAGGAAAAGACAUAGGCUGUUCUUCUGUGGAGCAGGACAGUGUGCCUUCCUCUUAGAAAGUCCUCCUACCCCCUUACCUGGUUAAAGUUUCCACUGGCAGAAACCUUAACCCACAUUUGCUGUUAACCAGCAUUUGGAUACGGGUUCCAAAUACUGCUGAAUGGUAAAAUCUGGUUCACAUCUAUCAUGGCCAAGAUCAGUACCUUAACCACAGCUGACGUAACCACUGAGAAUUUCUACAGGGGCAUGCAACUGCAGUUAAGUUCCUGGGAGUAUUUAUGGGGGGAAACCCAGUGGUGUCCCACCAGCAGAACUACUUCCCUUCCCUCUGCCCCACUUUGGUCCAGAGGACUGGGGGAUCCUCUAGAGCAGAAUGGCUGGGGGAGGAGGGAAUUGCAAGGAAGAGGAGAGGAAGGAGAAGUUGCAUUCAUAAGAAGUCCACUCACACAACACUGGAUGUCCCCUUAAGUGUUCUCAUCAUAGCCACAGAAUGACACGUAUAAAGAACGGUGGUUGCUCUGGCAACAGGGCAAACAAGCUUAAUUAAUCCACACCGUUGUCAAACUGAAUAAACAGUACAUGGAUGGACGGAGAAAUCUGUUGGUCAUGAGUGUCCCAACUAUUUGUAAGCGCAGCUCACCUACAACUAGUGACGAAGAGAUGAGAUGGCUCUGUCAGUGAAAUACAAUCUGCAGGCGGCCACCUGCUCAUGGCAGCUCCUCUUUGUGAUUAUACUCCUCUAGCAACAUCUAUUUCUAGCGCUUAGCAUUGUCACAGCCUGUCUUGUUCAGCUUGAGAUAAUACAAGAGCAAUUUGCUUUCGACGUGGUUUAAAUUGUUCACCGAAGCCAUGAGAAACCCCCUCAGGCUCAGAACACAUGCUUCAUAAUUCAGAAGUAGAGGGAAUCUGCUAGCAGUUAAUGAUGCGCCUUGUAGUGCAGCAGAGAGGUAAAAUACGCCCCCAGUUGUUUUGACUAAUACACAUAUACAUAAACACAAUUCAAACCCCUUUCAGUUUUGGUGCUGCUUUUUGCUUUCUCAGGAGGAAAUAAGUGCCUGGAGGCUUGUUACCUGUAGGAACUCUCCCCAUACCUAGAUGCCAACAACAGCUGUGGGUUAAGUUCCCUCGCUCCAUGAAUGCACAACCCAACCUGGAGAAUCUCUGUAGGACCCCAAAGCCUGGAAUUCCAACAGUGGUUUGACCAUGGAAGUUAUGUUUAUGUCUCUGUGAUCGACAGAGUUAUUUAGACUCUGACUGCCCUUUACCCACAGACAGCCUUGGCCGUGACAUCUGACCCUCAAUCCAUAUUAACAUUUUGUGAAUUUGGCAUGUUCUUGGAGCCAGGCAGGAAUUGAUGAAAGAUGCAGGGUUCUGUUCAGCCUUCCAAGUCAUUUUUGCUUCUUCUAGUCCAUCUCAUUUCCACUGAGCAUCUGUUACCACACGUUGUCUAACUGCUUAUCUGGAUGGAUUUUCCAAUAAUGUGGGCUUUUGAAAGCAUUCCCAGCAAAAUGUUUUUCAACAUUAUUUCGGCAUUCUUUCUCAGUCGCUGUGCAAUCAUAUAAAUGUCUGCGCAGCUAGGCUGGAGUUUUGGCAGGCUUCCCACAACCACCCUUAAGGGACAUGGCUCCUUUUCCCCCACUCAGUUCUUUCCACUACAGUGGUAGCCUCCAAGCCUUGUUUUUUUUAUUAUCGAAUUUCCUUCAGAUUCUCUUGCUAGUGUUUUUUUCUGUUGCAAUUACUACACUUAAGUACCCAUUUCUUCAGCUUUUAUCCUCCCUUUCUCUUUUACAGUUUUAUCUGCCCCUCUCUUUUUGUACAUUUAGUGCUGUAUCUUUCCUCAAUCGCCUUUUUGUGCAUCCCCACCUAGAUUGGGUUUAUGGCUCGACUUGGGGAUUUCCCCAUAAGUGCCUGUCCUAUGACAGCAAAAAACUUAACACCUGAAAUUCUGGAGAUUCAUAUUUGUUACUUUAGCUAUUUACUUCUAGUUGCACCCAGGUCUAAAUGUAACAACCAGCCAUGGAAAAGUUAUGGAGUCAAUCGGUUUGGC